UAAAUAACGUGACAGCAUUUGCAAAUUUUGCAAUAAUAAGAAAUCGUCAACCUUACCACUUCCCCUUGAGUGCAUCACCUUACCCUUCUCUCUCCUCAAAGCAAAGCCUUAUAAAAACUGCUAAUUAGUAAUUUCCCAUCUUCCCCUUCCCUUCUUCUUCAACUCCACUCCAAUAACAAUGGGGUUACCCUCCCGGCAGCCGUCAAUGGCGAGUGCCUUAAAAUGGCUAGGUUUCGUAACGGCCGUUUGGGUGCAAGCCAUUUCAGGCAACAAUUACACCUUCUCCAACUACUCUGACGCCGUUAAGACUUUGAUGAAUUUGACCCAAGUUCAAUUAAACAAUCUUUCUGUUGCUAAAGAUGUUGGUAAAGCUUUUGGUCUUCUUGCUGGCCUUGCCUCUGACACUUUCCCUACUUGGCUUCUUCUUCUUAUCGGCUCUGUUGAAGGCCUUGUUGGUUAUGGCGCUCAAUGGCUUGUUGUUAGCAAGACCAUUUCCCCUCUUCCUUAUUGGGCUAUGUGUGUAUUUAUGUGUAUGGGAGGGAACAGCACAACCUGGAUGAACACAGCCAUAUUAGUGACAUGUAUAAGAAAUUUCAGGAAAAACAGGGGACCUGUUUCUGGGAUUCUAAAGGGUUAUGUGGGUUUAAGCACUGCUAUAUUCACUGAUGUCUGCAGCGCGCUCUUUGCCGAUAGUCCUGCUAAAUUCCUCGUGAUGCUUUCGGUUAUCCCUUUUGUGGUUUGUCUAACUGCCAUGAUCUUCCUCCGGGAGGUCCCUCCAUCUACCACUGACUCUGAUGUAUCUGAAGAAUCUAAGUACUUCAAUAUGUUCAAUAUUGUGGCGGUUACUGUUGCAGUUUACCUCUUAGCGCAUGAUUUUGUUGGACCGAUUGGACAUGUUUUUGAUGUAACCUUUUCUGUCGUUUUAGUGGCAUUGCUUGCUUUUCCGUUGGUAAUACCAGCUUAUAUCGCGUUCAAAAUCUGGCUAGAUUCGAAAGCUAAGGCUGAUAUCGAGGAUCAGAAUAUUGAGAAUACGGAGCCCUUACUAGCUCCUGAUGUUGUACCUGUAUCACAGCCAGUUCAAGAAGUGGAUGUCUUGGAUGCUGAUGUAAAUGGGGAAGUUAAGAAAUCACAGCCUGUCUUAGGUGAAGAACAUACUAUUGCUGAGGCAUUGAAGACCGUUGAUUUUUGGGUUUUGUUUACAUCAUUCUUGUGUGGUGUUGGACCUGGUAUGGCUGUCAUGAACAACAUGGGCCAGAUGGGUUCUUCUCUUGGCUAUUCGGAUGUGUCAAUCUUUGUGUCUCUAACUAGCAUUAUGGGAUUUUUUGGUAGGAUUAUCUCCGGAACAGUUUCCGAGUACUGUAUCAAGAAAGCCGCAACUCCAAGACCGCUCUUUAAUGCAGCCUCUCAAAUCUUGUUAGCAGUAGGAUAUGUGAUCAUGGCAGUAUCAGUCCCCGGGAGCCUAUACAUAGGAGCAGUAGUAGUUGGUUUAUGUUACGGUGUCCGGCUUGCAAUCACGGUCCCAACUGCGUCAGAACUAUUCGGGCUCAAAUACUACGGUCUCAUAUACAACAUUCUAAUUUUGAACUUGCCACUUGGUUCGUUCCUUUUCUCAGGACUUCUAGCUGGUUUGCUCUAUGACGCGGAAGCUACCAUCACUCCUAGUGGAGGGAACGAGUGCUAUGGGGCCCACUGUUAUAGACUUUGCUUCUUAGUCAUGGGUGGUGCUUGCCUUGUUGGUUGUGGUUUGGACGUCUUAAUGGCUUCUAGAACAAAGGUCCUUUACAAGAAGAUUGCUGCUAGCAAAAGAUCAAAAUCUGUGGUGAAUGGAAAAUGAGCGCACUCUCUUUAUUCGUUGUAUGCAUCCCCACAGAAAUGGAACAACACGAGCUUCUGAUUCCGGGCCAUCUGGGGUAUUCUUCUCAACUGAGCAUGACUGUAUUAAGUGGAUGAUGUGUAAAUGUGAAAAUUAAAUACAGUCUACGUCCCAAUAUUGCAAGUUUGACAGUGUGUUACUCCUACGUUAGGAUAGAGGGGGGUGUUGCUGUAUGACUUAUUCUUUGAACUGUAACAAAAUAUAGUUUCUCCGGGAAAAAAAUGUGUUGGAGAGGAUCUGGUGUGUGUUUUGAAGCAGCAUUUUCCCAUUCUAGGUAAGUUUGAACUUCAUUAUAUUUUGUAAUUUUUAUUCUAAGUUAAUCCUUCCUCUUGUACAAAGUACUGCAUCAUAACAAGUCAUGGAGUUCAAUGGAUCUCCUAUUAUUUGUUCGGUUAUUCUAUUCAAAAAUAAUUCUCCA